GAACCCCUAAGUUCCUAAGGCUGGCGGCGAUAUCGGUCCUAGUAUAAAUAUCGGGGUGUACGCGCAGCUCUGGUAUUCAUCCCUCAGCUGACCAUCCCUUCUAACUCUUCGUUCACUAGCUCCACAUCAAGGGCCACUGCCAGUAUGAAGCCCUCUCAUGCAUCAUUCAUCCUCUCGGUAGUACCGGUAUGGGCACUCCCAGCACCGCAGGCUUCGCCCUCCGAUGUCAACAAUCAACCUGGUCCUCCUGGGUCAUCUGGUUCCCUCCGUGGUUCUGAGGCACUCCUCGGCUACUCCUCCUCAGAGAACGUCCCCAAGGAGCCCUCCACCGAAAUUCCUCCCGAGGACUUCGAACUCGCACCGGGGCAAUCGGAAAACGAGAAUCUCGGUCUUUAUAUCGAUCUCACAAAUGUCAAGAAUCCGCAGCCGAUACGUGGAGGAACUACCGCGCCAACAGAUCCCGGCCCAAGAACUGAAGCAUAUGAUCGCUUGAACAGCGAUCUGUUCAUCCCCCCGGGAACCGAUGAAGGAGAUGUCUCUAAUGCGAAGUGGCCGUUUGGUCUGUCUCACAAUCGCCAUGGCCUUGCUGGCGCCGGAUGGGCAAGGCAGCAGAACGUCGAUCAACUGCCUAUUGCGACCGCCAUGGCAGGCGUGAACAUGCGACUGAGCCCCAACGCUUACCGAGAGCUUCAUUGGCACAAAGCGAGUGAAUGGGCCUUGAUGCUGAAUGGCUCCGUCCGGAUUGAGGCCGUCAACGAAGACGGUCAGACUUUCGUCGACGACGUCACAGCCGGCGACGUCUGGUUCUUUCCCGCCGGUGUUCCGCACUCUAUUCAAGCCUUCGAGAACGGGUGUGAGUUCUUGCUGGUCUUCGAUGACGGGAGCUUCAGCGAAGACGAAACCUUCCUUGUGUCUGAGCUCAUGGAACGUAACCCUGAAACCGUGGUCGCCAAAAACUUCCGCACAUCAGUCGAGACUUUCAGCAAGCUUCCCGAUGGCCAGCUAUGGAUCUUCCCCGGGACCCCGCCACCAGAGGACAUCGAGCAGCAGAAUGUCACUGGCCCCGCUGGCGUCAUUCCGAAGACCCAGAGCUAUAGCUUUCACUUCUCUGAACAACAGCCCUACACAGUUCCCGGUGGUAGUAUCAAGGUCCUCGAUCCCGAGACGUUCCCCAUCGCGAGUGACUUCUCUACAGCUCUUAUUACCGUGGAGCCCGGCGCAAUGCGCGAAAUGCACUGGCACACCACUUCGGACGAGUGGACGUACUUUCUUCAGGGCAGUGCUCGUCUGACCGUCUACCAGGCGCCGGCGAGUUCUCGCACCUUCGAUUUCACCGCUGGAGAUGUUGGCUACGUUCCGGUUCCUAACGCGCACUAUCUCGAGAACACCGGGAACGAGACGCUUAUCUUCUUGGAAGUGCUGCAAGCAAAGCGGUACAGCGAUAUAAGUGUCAACCAGUGGCUGGGAUUGACUCCGAGGCAAAUUGUGAAGGAUCAUUUGAAUGUUGACGAUGCGUUUGUGGACACGCUGCCGAAGGUAAAGCCUAUUGUAGUUCCCGGAAAUCCGGAUAUGACGACUACGAACUUCACUGGAAGUCCGCUGUAAGGGAAUGGUGCCGGGUUUGACAACAUGGGCAGGAAUGGUUAAUAGAUCGACGGAAAUCGUCUUGCCUUUUGAUUCAUUCUUCUCUUCUUUGAG